AUGUCUGAAGCCGGAGCAUUGCCCACUCAACCGUCGCCAUUCAUCUCGAUUGAAGGUGUCCCCAAUGUUCGCGACAUUGGAGGCCAUGCAUGUCAUCCUCCCGCGACAGUGUUGUCCCUACGACAGAAUGCCGAAACCAAAAUUGAAGAAUGGUGCAUUCGGCCAGGUCUCCUCUUCCGUGCCGCACAACCGUCUCAAAUCACCCCGCCAGGAGUGGAGACGCUGACACAAGAACUUCACAUCCAAGCAAUCUUCGACUUGCGCUCCAAGCAGGAGAUCGACCUCCUUGUUGCCCGAUCUCCCAACUCCCUUCUUGACAUCCCAGGGACAACUCGCUACGCGACCCCGGUCUUUCGAUUCAAGGACUUCUCUCCCGGUGCACUGGCAAAGCGAUAUGGGGUGCCUGGAACGGAAGUUCCACCAAGAGAAGUCAUCAUAGGAGGCUUUGUUCAAGCUUACGAAGAAAUUGCACGCAGCGCAGCGGAAACAGACAGCUUUCGCACGAUCAUGCUGCACAUUUUGCAGAAUCCCGAUGCUCCGAUCCUGUUUCACUGCACAGCGGGCAAGGAUCGGACUGGUGUAUUUGCUGCAUUGCUUCUCAAGCUUUGUGGAGUGGCAGAUGAUAUUAUUGUGGCUGAUUAUGCGCUUACAACAGAGGGACUAGGAGCAUGGGGGCAGUAUUUGAUUCAGCGGAUCUUGGACAAAGGAGAGGUUUCGACUCGGGAACAGGCUAAAAUUCUCAUGGGUAGUCCUCCUGACUGUAUGAGCAGGUUUUUGAACGAGGUCGUAGCGGUUAAAUUUGGAGGAGCGCGGAAAUACUUUGUCGGGCUCUGUGGGUUGAAGGAGAGUGAACUUGAUCAGAUCAUUGCCAUGCUCACCGUUCCGAAAACAUCUGAUGAAUAA